AGGAGGGGCGACUAAUGGCGCAUCGCAGCCCUACUGAUCCAGAUCGCCACAAAUAAACAACAGCAGUCCUUUACGAUCGUGUCCGAUUCGUGCGCCAAAAGGUCGCGCCGUGCCGUAGCCGUGCUUUGCGCGUUUGCUCAUUGAGCAGGUAGGCUGGGUUUGUUUUUAGCGGCUGUUCAGAGCGCAGAGGCCCAGAGGAAAGACGGCGGAUCGAGAAUAUGUAACAAGUGUCAAAAUGACGUCCAGAUUCAGUAAAACUUACACUCGGAAGGGAGGAGAGGCCAGCUCGAAGUUCGACGAGGUGUUCUCCAAUAAAAAGGCUACGCUCAGCACCAAAUGGGGAGAGACCACCUAUAAAGCACAACUGGGGGUUAAACGGCCCUCGUUCAAGCCGGAGGUUCCGGAGCUGACCAAACGGCCUCGAUUCGACGAUGACGACAGCUCAGAAGACCCGUUCGGCUUUGACAGCGAUGACGAGUCCAAAACCAUCACGUCCAGAGGAACACCUCAGUCUGAGGCGGGCUCGGAUGCAGCAGGGUCUGAGAAUGAGCAGUCUAGACCCCAAACAGCAGUGGCCAGGGAGGGCACGUCCACUUUGGUGAGCGGCACCAACGUCAGCAGAGGUGUUGUUGGUCAUGAUAGCACAGCUAAAACAUUUACAGCCUCAUCGCACGUCUCUGGAUCCGGAGGGGCACGGAGUAAACCCAGCGUUCCGAUAAGCAAACCACUCUCUCAGACCUUCAGCUUAAAAAGCCACAGUAGAAACUUCUCAGAUGUCUGGGACUCUCCCCCGGAGGACUCUCCUCCUGGAGCUGGGGAGGGAAGUUCUGCCCAGCCCGGGAACUCUUCCGAUGGACUCAAGAGCUCGGAGCCGUGCCCCGCUGAACCGGAACCUGUGGUGGAACCCAUUGACUUUGAGCCACUUCCGCUUAUUAAACCGUCCAGCAACAGGGUGUACAAAAGACCCGGUCGGAAUAAAGGGCCCGAUAGUUCAGGAACCGAGGAAUCGAGCUCUGCCGCAAGUUCAGCGCCGGAGCCGGUGAAGAGCAGCGUUGCGGGGGUGUCUGGGAGUUCGGAGGUCAAGCCUGCUGGUCGGGGAAGGGUGAGGGACUAUACGGUUCUUCACCCAUCUUGUGUGUCGGUGUGUAACGUGACCAUUCAGGACUCGAUUGAACGGAGCGUGGAUGAUCUUGUCACUCCGGUGCAAGCUGACAUUGGAGAGGCAGGAUCCUUUAGGAGGAAGACGGACACACAGACCACCAAGCCUACAAGGUUCAGGCCCACCCAGAGUAAAAGCAAAAAGGAGACGAAACUGGAGUUUUUUGGCUUUGAGGAGAACGAGGCUCUGGGCGCAGACGGAGAAGCCACAGUGUCCGGCAGCACAAGCUACAAGAUCAAAUACUUUGGGUUUGAUGAUCUGAGCGAGAGCGAAAGCGACAGCGAUGAAGAGGACAAUUCGGCAGCUAAAGAGAGGAAGAAGGAUAAGAAAGCAGCCACAGCCAUGUCGACCAGCGCGGACAGCCCGCAAAGCAACCACUCACAGGAGAGUCAACAGAGCCAAAGCAGCACAAAUACAGACUCUCAAGAAUCGCUGGAUGAGUCGGGCUCUCAGAAGGAACGACAGGGAAAGGGGAGUGACAAGUCGAAGGAGAUCGGACGCAAGAUCUUCAGCGGCCCAAAAAAAUCUCCUGCUAAAGCUGUAUACAACGCGCGUCACUGGAAUCAACCCGAACCAGAGGAAGUGCCGGCUCCUGUUUCCUCACAAACCGUGGUUGCACCUAAGCCCAGUGUGUCAGCUGGCAACAAGGAUACGAAUCCCCAAAAGGAUGAUGGAGUAUUUAAAGCCCCGCCCCCUCCUCCUAAAGUCAUUAAGUCAGUCACUAUCCCCACUGAGCCAUACCAGGACAUUGUCACUGCACUCAAAUGCAGAAAGGAGCACAAAGAGCUAUACACGGUGGUCCAGCAUGUCAAGCACUUUAAUGAUGUGGUGGAGUUUGGGGAGAAUCAGGAGUUUACAGAUGACUUUGAGUAUCUGGAGACGGGUUUGAAGAGCACACAACCCCUUAACACACGCUGCCUUAGUGUAAUUAGUCUGGCCACACGCUGUGCUAUGCCGGGUUUCCGCAUGCACUUGAGGGCCAGAGGAAAGGUGGCUCAGGUCUUUAAGAUGCUCAGCGAUGCCCAACAGCACCCGAACCUGGCUCUUUGCACAGCAUCUCUGAUGUACAUUCUGAGUCGAGACCGGCUGAACAUGGAUCUGGACCGGUCUUGUCUGGAGCUGAUGAUCAGGCUGCUGGAACUAGAGCAGGAUGACUCUGUACCAGACCAGCUUACAGCCAAAGAGAUGAGCAAAGUUAAAGAGAAGAUUCGUAAACUCUGCGAAACGGUCCACAAUAAACAUCUGGACCUGGAGAACAUCACAGUGAACGGUCAUUUAGCGAUGGAGACGCUUCUGUCUUUGACGUCAAAGCGAGCUGGAGAUUGGUUUAAAGAAGAACUGCGUUUACUGGGUGGAUUGGACCACAUUGUAGAUACAGUGAAAGAAUGUGUGGAGAACUUAAAUAAAGAGGAAGAUAAGGAGAGUCUGGUGGCAUCUCUCUGGGGAGCAGAGCGCUGUUUACGGGUUCUGGAGAGUGUUACUGUCCACAACCCAGAGAACCAGGCUUAUCUGAUCGCAUACAAGGAGUCCCAGCUAAUAGUGUCUUCAGCAAGGGCUCUGCACCAUUGUAAACAGAUGAUCCAGCGCUACAGUCGAGGGAUCACUUCAUCAUCCGGCUCCGCCCUCCCACAGAGUAGCCAUAGCAACGUGGGCAAGGCCGUGGAGGAUUGUAUGAGAGCUGUUAUUGGGGUUCUGCUCAACCUCACUCACGAUAACGAGUGGGGCAGCACUAAAACGGGUGAGCAGGAGGGUUUCCUUCUGACGGCACUAGACUGCGUUCUCAAGGUUCCUCAUUAUUUGCUUCAGGAGCAGAGAUUCGACAUCCGCGUGCUGGGUCUCGGUCUGCUGAUAAAUCUGGUGGAGUACAGCUCCAGAAACAGACACUUUCUGGUGGAGAUAGAGGUGGACAUAAGCUACUUGAAGGAUGCUGAGGCAGAAGUGAAGACUGAGAAUGAUGUCAAGACGGAGGGAGAGAAGGAGAAGACUAAAGUGGAUGAAGAGGGAGAGGGCGAGAAGGAAACCUCGACAAAGACGACCAACGGCCUGGUGGCUCUGGUAAAGCUCUUCUUGGAGCGAGAACGAGCAGCAGUGUUUGCUGAGGCGCAGACUGAUGACCUCAUCAGUGAGGCACCCAAAGCUCAGGCAGACCAGAGCGGAGAAUGGCAAGAGACAUCUGGAGAGAUCCAGUGGGUCGCCUCGGAAACCAAUGAGACAAAUGACACAAAUGACAAGAAAGAGGAAGAGGAGGAAGAGCUUGAUCUUAAUAAAGCCCUGCAGCAUGCUGGGAAACACAUGGAGGACAGCAUUGUUGCAUCAUAUACAGCUCUUCUCCUUGGGUGUCUAUGCCAGGGGAGUCCGAUGAAUCUCAAAAUGGUGCGAGACAGCCUUCCUAAGGGAGAUUUCUCUAUCAUGACGGAAAUGCUGAAGAAAUUCCUCAAUUUCAUGAAUCUGACGUGUUCUGUCGGAACCACAGGACAGAAGUCUAUCUCACGGGUGAUUGAUUAUUUGGAGCAAUGUUAGCAGAAGUGUCACAGUUCCCCCUCCUCCGUGGGAUAAAUCUGGACCUGGCAACGUGCCUUAGGCCCUUCAGGACAGGAGGAAGCAGCUCCGGUGGUAAAGGUGGUUGAGUGUCGCUACAGUCACACCACCUGGGUGACUCUUACUGCAAAGACUUGCAUUAUUCUUUUACUCAUUUUCGCAUUGUGUGUUUUUUAAUGAUGUCUUUUUCUCUCGCUUACACAAUCUGCUGUGUUUCCAUAAUAUUUGGUUUUAAAGAACUGAUUCUUGUUUUAAUUGCAAACUGAGCUCUGUUUUUGGAACAAAAGAAUGUUUGGACAGAAAGAAUGAUUUUAAACUACUUGUUUGUUUUAAAUACAGUGCCCUCCAUUAAAACUGGCACCCUUGGUAAAAAUGAGCAAAGAAGGCUGUAAAAAUAAAUCUGCAUUGUUUCUCUUUUUGAGCUUUUAUACAAAGAAAUCUACUAAAAGUAAAAAAAAUUGAAGUGGGGGAAUAUCACACUAUGUAAUGGUUUUUUCUCUCUCUAAUAUACCCUGGUCACAAUUAUUGGCACCCUUGUAUUCAAAACUUUCUGCAACCUCCAUUUGCAAGAAAAACUGCUUUUUGUCUUUUUUAUGAAUGAAGUUUUCAGAAUAUAUGAGUCAUCUGAGUCCAUUCCUUCAUACAGAGUCUCUUAAGAUCCUUCAAAUGUUGGUGCUCUCUUGUCUUCUGUUCAUCCCACUCAUUUUCUAUAGUGUUCAGAUCAGGGGACUGGGAUGGCUAUGGCAUGAUCUUGAUUUUGCGUUCAGUGACAUUUUUUUAUUUUAAUGUCUGUUUUGAACCAGUGUGCUGAUGGAAGGUCUUACUGGGACCCAUUUUAAUAUUUCUAGCAGAGCAAGUCAGGUUUUGAUUUGUUGGUAUUUGAUAUAAAACAUUAUGCUGUAAAUCUGAAGAUGUCCAGGACCUCUGGUAUAAAAGUAGGUUCACAACCAUGAAGAUCUGGCGACAUAUUUAACUGUGGACAAGGGGCAUUUUUUUAUCCCUGUGUGCACCAAACCUAUCUUGUGUUAUCGAGUUGUUACCCAAAAAACUCAGUUUCGUAUGGGCAUAGAACCCAGUUCUGAUUGAAGUUUCGUAAUGGCAGAUUAAUAUGGUGGAGUUUGUUUUUGCUUGAGAGCAGAAGAUUUGUUUCUUGAACAGUGUCCCAAACAACUUGUGGUGAUGGAAGUGCUGUUUUCCUUUAUUAUUGUAAAAUGCUUUCUGACUCUAAAAUUCAACUGUUGCAAUUUUCCAUCUGUGCUCUUUGAAGAGUCUUAAGCCUCUCAAAUUCUUCUCCUCGCUGUGCAUUGAGGCAAUAUAGACACACAUCCUGUUUCGAGCAGAUUUUCAACCUUACAAAUCCAUUAAAACUUCUUGAUCAAUGCGCUGAUGUUGGACAUGAGAUUUUCUAUUGUUGUAACUAUUUCCUUAAAGACAUUUUGUAUUCUGUGUAGCUCAACAGAACUUUUUUCUUUGGUUUUAUCCAUUGUGAUAAAUGAUUAUCACAAUGGAUAAUGAGGGGGUUUGGGCUUUGUGUUACUAAUAUUUAUUCUCCUGUCAAACAAGAAAUCAUUACUGGUCAACAUCAUGUUUCUAGUCACCUUGGUGUGCUAAGAAAAUGUAAAUAUCAAUGGGAAUAUACUUGGGAAUUUCGAAGGGUGCCAAAAAUUGUGACCAGGGUGUAUUAGAGAAAAACAGUUUUUCAUAAUGUGAUAUUCCCCCAACUUUAAAUUGUUUUACUUUAAUGAAAUGUUGGAAUAUUGUAGAUUUUUUUAAAUAAAAGAUCAAAAGUAGAAUCAAUGCAGAUUUUUUUUUACAUCCUUCUUUGCUUAUAUUUACCAAGGGUAUAUUAGUGGAGGGCACUGUAUUACAAUAAGGAUUUUCACUAAAUCUAAAUUAUGGAUAAAAAGACUUGGGGAGUCUUGGGGAUCCACGAUUUCUGACUAACCUGAGACAGAUCCGGUUACAUCUGGUAUCAAAAUAAGUAGUUAACCUAAAUCCGAAAAACUCCCAAUUUACUCCCAAAUGUAUGACUUCCUUUGUUCAGUUAAACACAAAUUUUUUUAUUACACCAUACAAGACACAAUGUCAUAACACAUUAGAAAUUGUAUCUUUAUCAUGAGUUUUUGUCCACACCAGCCCCCACUUCAAUACACUAUGGACUAUAAUGGAUUCUACAUUAGAAACCGUUAAAUUUUAAAUGUUACACAUUGCAUCUGUUGUGGCACAGAGACCGUGUUAGAAUCUUGUGUAAAUUGAUUUUCUAUUUUUUUGUGACAAGUUGUCUAAAGCAUGUUUUGUCACAUGGCAAGAACCAAUGAGAUUUAAAGUUUGCCAUUUGUAUUUACCACACUGAUUGUGUGUUUACAUAAAAACAUGAUGUAUCUAUUACAAGCAAGCUCAAUUUUUAUUUCUUAAUACAUGUAUUGUUUCAGAAAACGUACAUUAACCCACCGGCGUCAUUUGGAUGACUUUAUAGAUUGAUGUUUGUGCUUUUUUUGUAAGCUUUUGUUAUCUUGAGUACCAUACAAGAAAACAUGAGAGCAUUUUAAUAUUUACAAAUUUGUGUUCAACUGAAGUAAAGUCAGCUGGGAUAGCAUGAGUGUAAAUUGAGAGAAUUUUCAUGUUUGAGUGAAAUACUCCUUUAACGUGUGCUUUUUGGAUUUCACUUACCCACAUUAAAAGCCAGGUGUAAAUGCACCCCGAUCUGACCAGGGACAGUGGGCUAAAUGCCUUGCAGAUAGGGAACUAAAUACAUAUAUUGAUAUUAAUAGAUGUAUAUUGACAGAUUUUAUCGGGGUCAAAGAUUUGUGAAUUUAUGGUCCGGUUUCACAGACAGGGGUGAGCUUAAGCCAGGAAUAGGCCUUAAAUAAACUAAUUUAACUAAGUAGCUUUUUUUUUUAAAUGCCUUAGAAAAACAUAACUGGUGUGCAUCUUGAGACAAAACAAUGGCACUGAUAUAUUUUAAGAUGUGUUAUUGCAAUUUGGUUUCUGGUAAGACGCCUCAAACUUUCAUUUUAGUCUGGGACCUUGUCUGUGAAACCAUGCAUUUAAGCUCUACAAGAAAAAUACAUUUAUCACUGAUGGCCCAAAUGAGAUGUUUCAUGUGAAGCACAGAAACUAGUUUAAUUCCAUAUUCUGUCUAUAAUAUCAGAAGUGGGAGCCGCAUUCUUUAAGAAUUCUUAUAGAUUGUCAAGAAACUAAUGGAUCUCCUUUAACAUGUCUAAAUCAUUUUUUAUUACUCUUAAAGAUACAGCGAAAUGAGCUUUUAGGUUUGAUUUCCUAAAUAAUGAUGUGUUGAUAACACAUGGAUAAUUUACCUGAGCAUCUGAUAGAUUGUGGUGAUUUUGUUUCAUUUUCUGAUCAUCCAUAAUUUUAUGUUAAGAAUCCGCCAUUAAAUUUUGAAUUGAUCAUGAAAUUUAGGUGUUUUAUUUUCCAUUGAUUUAAUUACUUUUUUUCAUUUUAUGUGCUGUGACCCCAUUUUAUGUCAAAAAAGACAUCACUCUAUUAAUGUGUUCACGAAUGAUUCCAUCAAAAAUGUUAAUUUAAACUUGUGAUUUUAAUAUAAUAGAACAAGAUUUUUUUUAUGUUAUGAAUUGUUUUAUCUGUUAUGUGACAUUGGGAAAAGUGUUUUUAUGUUUCAAACAUGUGAACUCCAUCCUGUGUGUAGUCAGCCGAACUUGGUCCUGCAGAAUGGCUCAAAGAAUAACUGCUGAAAGUAAAAACAACCAUAGCAUCGUUUUCCAAACUAAAUCAAACAAAGGUGUCCUAUAUUUCUUUCAGAUCUUUGCUGAAGCGGAGCCAUAUGGAGUAAACUUGUUCUAUUUUGUAAAACCGAUGUGAGUUUUACGAUAAUUUAAUUUACAGAUCCGAAUUUUGAUGCUUUUUUUCUUUGAAAGUGUACAUAUUUCUGUAAAUAGUUGCUUUUUAAUGUUAGACUGCUAGACCUUAUUUUUUGUAUACCUCCACCCUUGGUUGCAUUAUUUUAGAUAAAGUGAAACGAUUAAAAUAAAUAUAUAAAUAUUAUAUAUAUUAAAGGAUUUGUACCAUUUUCCAAGAUGUUGUCUUUGGUUACAAUGUAAAUAAUUUUUCCUUGAAUAAAUACUUGCUACUUUGACAA